AUGGCAACUACACCGCAAAAGCAGGUGCUCGACUCACUCAAAAGUUCCUUAGCAUCUGGCGCCUACUCUGACUUCAAAAUCACGUGCGGUAGUGAUACAUAUAAAGUCCAUAAGGUCAUCGUCUGUAAUCGAGCAGGUUUUUUUGCACGUGCGGUUAGUUUCGGUGGGCAGGAAACUGAGAGCGGCAAACUCGACUUACCCGAGGAUGAGCCGGAGACUGUAAAGCUUCUCAUUCAAUAUCUGUAUGAGGGUGAAUACGAGCCGCAGCUACCUCCGGUUGCUGAGUCACUUUCGACGAUGACCAUUUCCACGCCAGUCAAACGUGGGAAGUUGUCAUCCAAAAAACAAGACUAUCAUCUUGUGUUCCCUCAUACUUGCUAUCAACGACUUGAUUGUUGUCACAGUAGUCGACUUUGUCCACACCAUUACUGUGGUGAAACCUGCGGUUACACAUGCAGAGGAUUUACUUGUCCGAUCUGCGAUACUCCUACGCUCACUGGAUCGUCAUCACAACUUCUUACGCACAGCAAAAUGUAUGAAAUGGCCGACAAAUACGAAGUUGUGGGCCUGAGGAAGCUUGCGGAAGAGAAGUUCAAUAGAGUCUGCAACCAUUUCUGGAACACCCCAGACUUCCACAUCGCGGCAAGCCAUGCUUUCUCAACCACACCUGAAGAUGACGCUGGUCUUAGGGAUCUGGUCAGCCAAACUAUUGCGAAGCACAUGGAGCUUACUCAAGCACCUGAGAUCAGGAAACUGCUCAUACAGUUUAGUGGUUUGGCAUUAGGCAUCCUGGACGCAAAGGGCAAGGAGCUAGGUUGGAACGUGAAGCCGUAA